GGAGUGCCUUGGUUUUUCUCCCCUCUCCCAGGGAUUUCCUUUUCACUUCCUGCGCUCUCCGGGCCUUUGUCUGCGCUGGAUGAAGCCGAGAGCACACCUGAGGGGUGAGCCACAGGGGGGACGAGGCGGACAUCCCGCUCCCAGCAUCAGAGCCCAGGAAGGGAUUCAGGUCUCAAGGUGGUGAGGAUCGGGGCGCCAAGAUGGCCAAAGGGAGCCCAGGUCCGCACAUCGUGCUCUGGGUCUGCUUGGUGCUGGCGGUGGACUAUGGAGAAGGGCAGGAGGGAAAACCCUUCGGUGAAGCGUGCCUGGAGGACUUUAGGGCAGGAAUGCCGGAUUUGGUGCUGGAUACAGACGCCUCUGUCCAGAACGGAGCCACCUUCCUGUCGUCCCCCAUGGCCCGCCGGAGGAGGGACUGCAUAAGAGCCUGCUGUAGGGAGCCUGCUUGUAACCUGGCUCUUGUGGAGCAGGACCCUGGCACGGAGGAAGACCACAUCCGGGGCUGCUUCCUCCUCAACUGCCUCUACGAGCAGGCUUUUGUGUGCAGGUUUGCCAGGAAGAUCGGCUUCCUCAACUUCCUGAAGAAGGACGUGUAUGAUUCCUACCUGGCCAUGCAGGAUCACAGGUCGAACGAUGACCAUCCUCCAAUAGCUCGCACUGCCAAGGACAUGAGGGUACAGCCAGGAGAGCCAGUGAUGCUGAGAGGCAUAGAGAGCACAGAUGACCGAGGGAUAGUAAGCUAUGAAUGGAAACAGGUUGUUGGCGACCCCUCCGUGGAGAUGAAGAAGCACAAAGACGAUCAAGUAGAAAUCUCCAAUCUACAAGCAGGGAUUUACGUCUUCCAGCUUACUGUCACAGACACUGCACAACAGCAAGACUUCACCAACAUCACCAUCAUGGUGCUGAAUUCUGAGCAGACUGAAGAGCAUUGUUUGACUCCUAAGAAGGUGGGUUGGUGCCGGGGAUCUUUUCCACGCUGGUUUUACAAUCCGAGCCUUCAGCAGUGUGAGGAGUUCAUUUUUGGUGGCUGCAAGCCCAACAAGAAUAACUAUUUAAGGGAAGAGGAGUGUCAACUUGCCUGCAAGAAUGUUAGAGGUUCUGUUGGUGGGCGACAGCAGCCAGUGUGCAAUGGGAAGUGUCAACCCCCAUUCUUCAAAUGCAAGGAUGGUUGCUGCAUUGAUGCAUAUCUGGAGUGUGAUGAAACUCUUGACUGUGCCGAUGGAUCAGAUGAGAUGUAUUGUGAACAAUAUGCUCGUGACUUCAACAGACUACAGAAAAUCAAUGCCACACACCAGCAAGGUCACUGUGUGGAGUUGCCUGAUACUGGACAGUGCACCGAGAGCAUCCCUCGCUGGUACUACAACCCAUUCUCUCAGAAAUGUGACCCCUUCACCUAUGGGGGCUGUGAAGGCAACAACAACAACUUUGAAAAGGAGGACGAGUGCAUGAAAUCAUGUUCAGGCAUCACAAAAGCAGAUGUCAUUGGCCGGAGAUGGGAAUCAUUUGAGUCCCAAAGCAGUCUGUUGAGUGCGUUUGAGGUAGUGAUUGCCGUGCUCCUCGGGAUCUGCAUCAUGGUGGUCCUGGCCAUCAUCGGCUAUUUCUUCCUGAAGAAAAGGAAGAACAGCGGCCGGCAUCAGCCAUCCACUGCUACCAACUCCACCCUCUCCACCACCGAGGACACUGAGCGUCUGUUUUACAGCAGUGCCACCAAACCAGUCUGACCUACGGCUUCUCCCCUUCCAGCCCAGUGAUGGGGCACUCCCCAGAACUUCUGGAGUUCUGGUUUUAGACACGGGCCAGUGCCUGAAGGAUGUUUUCCCUUUGAAGACAUUUGUCAGGCCAAGGUCUAGCCAUGAUUUGGCAGUACUAGUGUUUGUGAUUGUGUUGGUUAAAUGGCUGCCUGGAAAGUGAGGGUCUGGGAGCAUUUUGAUGCUCUGUGAUGUCUGUACCUUCCCAACCUCAAUCAAUCCAGUGAAACUCUGAAUUACAUCUUACUUCCUGCCCAAACCCGGAGCACAACUCCACUCAACUCACUGAAGGACCCUGGGACUGGAUCUGAGUAGCCUUUGCAUUGGUGAAUAGUGAAAGCUCACCAGAGCCACCAGGUUUUUGUUUGCAGUGCCAAUUUCUUCCAUACAAUCUCUUACUUUCCUCCCUUUCCCCCAGUCCUCUGCAGAUGGCCCUGCCUCCCUGCAGCCCUCAUAGUCAUAGUGGGCCUCUCAAGGGCUGUGAGACUGAUGUAAUGAUUCAGAUCUGUUCCAGGGGCUCUGUGACACUCUCCAGUGGUUCCUGGUUUUGAGAUGAAAGGAAGCAGAAAUUCCUGCUUUAAUCCCUAGGCUUUGCUUUUUAACAUAAAAGCACACCUAGAGUUUUUUAUGCCUGGCUGCCAUGUUACAGCCUCCUAUGUAUAGUACGUGUCCACUAUUUUCUCUCUGUGAUUUGCUCUGUUUGCUUUUCCAGUGUUCACUCUGAACCCAAACACAUUGAGAAAAUAGCUAUUUAUUCUGAAAUGAAAGAAAAGGAAUGUCCCUACUUCUCCUGCUGAUGGCAAGAGGAAGGUGGAAGGACCCAGCUCCCUCACAGUUGCAUCUGUGAGGCAGCUUUGAUAUUACAGUGCUCUCAUCCAAGCACACAUCCUGACCCAAGUCCCUGGCAUCUCUCAGAGCACAGAAGUGGGCUGGAUACCCAGCUGGUGUCCCCAGGCUUCCUCGCUCCUGCUGGCCUGUUCCUCCCGGUGCAAGAUGAUGCCAGCCCCAGGAGGUCCAGAGCUCAUCCCUGACCCCAUGGCAACAUAUGAAAUCCCCACUUCGGCAAGGUCCGUGUGUUCCCCCUUGGCUGUUUGCAGUGAGGUGCUUCCCAGAUCUGUACUGCUGUACACCUGUGGUUCAGGCUUGUACCUCUAGGAGCUGAGGACAUCUGCUGGGGGCAGAAGCUGCUAAUUCUGAAGUACCUGGUAUGCUUUGUGAGCUCUGAAGUUGGCACCAAUCCCCAGGCUUCCAGUGCCUGCUGCUCUUGGAAAACUCACUCUGUGAAAAGAAUGGAAAUCGGGGCCGGGGGG